CUUUUUGGUUAUUUUCGUUACGGUUUACUUUAUAUUCAAGCCAAUAAUAAUAUCAAUUAUUUGCACUGGCUUAGUGACCAAUGAUGUGCAUUGAAAGAGCGAUUGGUGCUUUUGGUCCAGCGUGCUGGCUGGCACUGACACUCAAUGCCGACAGCGGAAAGAAGAGUGCCUGGGAUAAAAAUGUCAACCCAAUCGAAUGGCCCAGAACACUCGAAAACCGUUUGGGGCCCUCCACCGCUCCCAAGACCUUUUUGUAUGUAUGUGUGUGUGUUUUUAGGUGCAAGUUCAAUUGCAAGUUAUCGGCCAUCCGCAACCGUACUGUAAUCCGCCUCUCCUGCACUAUCAAUCACAAUUCCAUAAUGAGUUUCCCGGUGGAGAUGAGCUCCUGCUGCCUUGAAAAGCCUCUUUGGUGCGCGAGGUGGAGGGCGAGAGUGUCCUCAGAUAACUACGCUGCUGAAAUGCCACAUGAAACGGGAUCAGUUGAUGUUAGUUGACCGGGUGAUUAUCCAGUGCUACUGUGAUAAGGGUGUUGCCAAUUUGCCUGUGGAACCAAGCAUUGUUGGCCCUCUCACCAGGUCUGUCAUUGCCACCUGGGAAAGACAACGGUCCUUAGCUCU